CGGCCGUUCCUUACCUGUAAAAUUGGCGGUUUUGGUGGUCUCAGCUUUAACCGGAGAAGCUUGGUGUUGACAUCGAAGAGACCCUUCUCUUGCACGGCGAUAUACAAUCCCCAGGUUCAGUUUAAGGAAGAAGGUCAGCCUGAAACCCUAGAUUACCGGGUUUUCUUCCUCGACGGCUCAGGGAAGAAGGUUUCUCCAUGGCAUGAUAUACCAUUGCACUUGGGGAAUGAUGUUUUCAACUUCAUCGUGGAGAUUCCUAAAGAGUCAAGUGCAAAGAUGGAAGUCGCUACUGACGAGUCUUUCACUCCUAUCAAGCAAGACACCAAGAAGGGGAAACUUCGAUAUUAUCCAUACAACAUAAACUGGAACUAUGGGUUGCUUCCACAAACAUGGGAAGACCCAUCUCAUGCGAACUCUGAAGUUGAAGGUGCUCUCGGGGAUAAUGAUCCAGUUGAUGUUGUUGAGAUCGGUGAAACCCGGAGGAAGAUAGGUGAGGUUCUAAAGGUCAAGCCUUUGGCUGCCUUGGCCAUGAUUGAUGAGGGAGAACUGGACUGGAAGAUCAUUGCAAUUUCUUUGGAUGACCCAAAAGCUCACCUUGUGAAUGAUGUUGAUGAUGUCGAGAAGCAUUUCCCGGGUACUCUGACAGCCAUUAGAGACUGGUUCAGAGACUACAAGAUCCCUGAUGGAAAGCCUGCUAACAAGUUUGGUCUUGGGAACAAACCCGCGAACAAAGAUUAUGCUUUGAAGGUAAUCCAGGAAACGAACGAAUCAUGGGCUAAGCUUGUCAAGAGAUCAGUUCCUGCCGGUGAACUUUCACUUGUCUGAACAUUGAGUGGGUAAUCUUUGCAGUUUUCAUAUUAUGUAACAGACUUGUCUUGGCCUUUGAUGAUAUCGGAACAUCGAUAUUCUUUCUAAAUUCAACAUCGCCAAUAAUGUCUGGUUUUCCGCUA